UACCGAAUACAGGACUGGGUUGCUACUCUACAAUACUACCAUUUCCCACCCCUGAAGGUCGCACGUUGGAAACGAGCUACCUCUGGGCGGUCCGGGCCCUUUGUUGGGGGGGAUUAGGUAGAACCAGAACCUGACCUAGAACAAACCCUUGACAAGGUGUCGUUGCAUUGUCUUUUACUACUAUACUUAAUUUGUGGCAAACAUCUCUUUUUCUGGAUUUGCCCUUCUUUCGUCCGUUCUUCCUUCCCACCUACCAGGUUGUACUCUCUGAAUUAUUUCCUUGAUUUAGGUCUAUAUUUCCUUUGUUUAUUGCUUUGCAUAAACUCUUAUACCAAUUCCGUUCAUUGUUUCGGUCCUCUGCCGGUGCUGGCCAUACUACUCAGUUUUCCUUUGCUCCUUUUUCCCUUGACUAUUAUUCCCUAACCUUGGAAUUCACCACGGCUGGACCCGAUCCAGUUCUCCCCCAGAGGCCAAAGAAUACACAGAAACCAGCCUUUCAUUUCCACUAGGACUAUUCAACCUUUUACUAAACAGUAAUCACAUACUUUCUACGAGACAGCGUCUGGCACCAUUCCUUUCACAUCUUUUAUACUAUAAAAUUCUUCUUUGUUCUCCCGGGGCUGAGCUAGUCCCCAGAAAACCACAGCAAAAAUGCCGGCAGACGUAUCGGCGCUGGUGGCGCAGAUGAACGAGACGCUGGCCGAGAUCCACGCGACGGUGGCGGCGCUCAACGACUCGGACCACGACGCCAAGCUGGACGCGCUCGAGCAGGAGCGCGACGCGGCCGUCCAGGCCCUGCAGGCGGCGUUUGAGCGCGAGGCAGAGGAGCUCGAGAACCGGCGGCGGGCCGAGGACGAGGAAAUCGCCGAGAAGAGGCGGCUCGAGGAUGAGGAGAUUGCUGCCAGGAGACGGCGCGAGGAUGAGGAGCGUGCCGAGGCCAAGGCCCGCGCCGACGAGGAGAUGAAGACCAAGCUCGAGGCCGACGCCAGAGAGGUCGAGGAGCAGGCCGACGGCAAGAUGGACGAGGUCGAGGCCGAGGCGCAGCGCAUGAUUGAGGAUGGAGAGAGGAGACUUGCAGAGUCGGAGGAGAAGCGAAAGGAGAUCAACCGCAUGAUUGAUGAGCAGAUGAGGGCGCCAUUGCCAACGGCGCCGGCCAGGCCUAGACGCGCCCGAGGCGACCGUAACAGCCGCAUGAUUCCCGUCGCGGCGGCGGGUGCCGGCGCGGGAGUUGCAGCUGCGGCGGCGGCGGCGGGGGUCGCUGCAGUGAACAGUAAGCCGUCGGCACCUGAAACCGAGGAAGCGGCACAGAGCUCGGAUAACAAUGAUGUCAAGGCUCCUGAAACCACGGAAGCGGCGCGUGGCUUGGAUGUUCAAGAUGCCAAGGCUGCCGACGAUACGCCCGAGGUGGCAGCCCCCGAGGUUGCGAAGGACAAGGAGGUCGCCGUGGAGGAGGCCAAGGCUGAAGAGGAUGAAACCACAGAAACAAAGGCUGUUCUUGAGCCAGUCGAGGAGGCACAGCAGGAGACCAAGACUUUGGUUACAGACUUGAUCCAGGCCAAGGCUGUUGACGAGUCUGAGGGCGACGUGAUUGAAGCCAAGGACCUCGAUGCGGCGGCUACUGAGGAGCCUGUAGCUACUGAAUCCAUCCAAGCCAAGAACGUUUCUGAACUCGAGGAGGAAGUGCUUCAACCCCGAGACCUCGAUGCGGAAGCUACCAAAGAGUCUUUGGUUACUGAAUCCAUCCAGGCCAAGCACCUUGUCGAGCCGGAGGAAGAAGUCCUCGAACCCAAGGAUCUUGAUGCGCAAGUCACCAAGGAACCUCAUGUCGAUAAUUUGUCGGCUGUACCCACUGCAGAAGACCACGCAUCCUCGACGACGGGCACAUCGACCGAUACUUCGUCUAGGGCGGUAUCUGUUGGCACAGCAGGGACUUCGGUGCUCUCGGAGGAAGAGGAGGAGAUUCACCCUGUGGACGUCACAGCCGGGAAAGCCGAUAAGCAGGCAGAGAAUGAUGCCUCCGAGCAGCUACGAGAAACCGAGGCAUCUGGGACUGAGAAGAAGUCAUUCUUUGGCAGCUGGGGCUCAAAGAUGAAAUCCCUCGUGGCGAGGGAACAGCAACAGCAGGCGAACAAGAGCGAGGCUGAUACUGGUAACGUCCAAGGGUCUCGUGACAUGACCAUUCCCGCCGACGCCGAGAUUGUCCCGAAGGACGUUACACUUGGCGAGCAGGCGACUGCUGAACCAUCCGUCUCGACUGUCAACUUGAUCCAGGAAGAAGAAGAAGAAGCCGUCUUUGUCAUCAAGAACCUAGAUGAGGAGGCGACGGUCAACAAAGUCGAGGUGUCAGAAACGCCUGUGGCAGAUGAGCCCCAAGUACCUGAAACCACCGUUUCCGUCAAGCAGGUAGAUGAAGAGUCUGCCAAGCCAUCAGCCGAGAUUCAUCAAGAUGUCGAGAUGACAGCCAAAAUAGCUGAGACUGAACUGAUGCAGUCCGAAAUCGCCACGGAACCGGCUGUUGAACACUUGGAUGGCGCCACACUAGCUGUCAAGACGGUCGAGGAUGAAGAGGUUCAGGACUUGAAGGAGGAAAUUGUGAUACGCGACUUGGACGCUGAUUACAAGGAAAGCGAACUGCCCAAAGAGAUCCAUGGCGAUGCAGCUAUUCCCAAGCCGGAGGAAACGGUUUUGGCAGCAACAUCGGAUACACAUGUCUCCGGCAAGGGCCAAGAUAGCGAUAUCGUCGAGCCUGGAACAGCGAAAUCUGAAGUCGACACUUCCCCGCACGAGAUUAUUGAUGGCAAAGACGACGCCAAAGUCGAGACGAAAGACGUUGACAGCAACAGCGACGAACUUGAGAGCUCAGCCCCAGACGCCAGCCAUAGCAAAGCAGAUGAACCUGCCGCAAAGCCCGGUCUGGACGACGACAAAACCCCCGACACGGCCCACGACGACGACCAUGACAAAUAUGACAACGAGGUUACCAAACCCACGGCGUCGGAAGAGACACAAUCGGCCGACGCAGUCUCUACACAUGCCGAUGAUCUCGAGGACCGCCCUGAGGCUGUCGGAUCCCAAAUCGUCCCAACCCCUGUCCGUCCCAACGAGCAGGUCGACGAGCCGGAAUCAAGCGAACCCGAGCCAAUCACAGCAGAUGCCGCGUCUGUGCAGGCCUCGAACGUCCCUGCAGAGGAAGCACACGGGCCCAACGGCGAGCAUGUAGUCGCAGCCCAGACUGCGCCGACGUCGCAGGGGUUCCCCGCCCCGCAGGAUGCGACGAACCAUGCCAGUGAACGGCCCAGUGGUCUGGACGUCGACGGCACGAGUGGCGCUGAAAGCGAAUCCGAGGCCAAGGCGGCCACCAUGAUAGCCUUGAAGGACAGCAGUGAUGUAUUAAAGGCUGCCGAGGAGAAUGUCUCUACGCACGGGGACAGCGACCUUGUUGAAGAAGCCAAAAAUAUGACCAUUUCGAGCCAGUCUCCGGUCGCCACGCCAGUCGAAGACCAGCUUGUUGUUGACGACAAAAUGAAAGCGGAAGAGUUCAACUUGGGGCCUGCACUGGCUGCCAAUGAAGUCGUCACCGUGAGCGAGACAAGCCUUUUGGAAGACGACAAAAUGGCAGUCCAAAAUUUUGAGAGCAAGUCCACGAUUGAUAAAUUGGAGGAUGUCGCCCACGACGAUCAAGUAUCGGAGAAGGUCGAGGAAGACAAGAUUGUUCCAGUUGAGGAGCCCGCAGCAAUCAGCACCGAAGCAUCAGCCUCGACUGCUCCUGCGACCAGCCCGGCUAGUGAGGAAGACAUUAAUGACGAGAAGCCAUCCUCAGCCAGUGCCAAUCUUCAAGCUGAACUCAGCGCCGCCGAAGAUAAGGAGGAGUCUGUCCCGGAUCUGGAUGAGGACACCACAUUACGCAGUGACAAUUCGGCCGAGGAAUCAAUGCUGCUCCAGGAUCACAUGAGCGAAAACCAUGUCGCUCCCCAAGUCGCCAACGGUUCUGGGCCGGACGACUUUUCCAUUUCCGAAUUCCAGGAGCCUAUGCUGGAUGACUUUGCUCCAGUGUCAAAGAGCCUGGCCGAUGAUGCCACAAGCGAUUCGGCUCGGCCUCGGACCCCGUCGUCAGAGGGUUCAACGUCGCCGAGAACCAACCAGCCUCCAUCACCGCCCACAUUCCCUGCCACCGAGCCGAGCAGGGCGCGGCGCAUGUCCAACGCAGCCAUCCCCGGAGCCAUGUCGAGUGGACCGGCAAACACGACCCAGACCGUCGAGGUGCGCUCGAGGCCGGAAAGCGAGCGCUUCUCGCCGUUCACGCCCAUCCCCGGCACCAUGUCGAGCGGCGUGGCCAACACCACGCAGACCGUUACCGUGUCGUCCCGCCCCAUCAGCUCCCACCUGUCGCCGAGCACGCCCAUCCCCGGCACCAUGUCCACUGGUUCCAGCUCGCCGAGCUUCGGCCGCGUCCCGACGCCCAUGUCGGCGACUCGCCCUGCCCUCCAGAUCCCGUCUCAACUCGACAGCGCGCCGCGGGGAGCCAUGCUGGACUACAUCGCCAACGACCCUACCCCCGUCGGUGGUCCUCAGACUUUUGUCUUGGGGCCAACCCCUACCACGCCCAUUGGAGACCGUAGGGGCCGCGCCAAGCACUCGAGGGGCCCUUCGACCGCGGCGGCCGAGCUCAUCACUCCGAUUGAGCAGGAGCCGCUUUCGGCCAUCGAGUCAGAGAAAGGUGGUGCCGUCGAGGACCACCCGGGGCCCGCGGUCCAAGAGACAGCAAAGGAGACUGUUGAGGCCGCGCAGCCCGAGAUGCAAAACACCGUCGGCCAGACUCCCGUCUCGCCGGUGAAGCCUUCGGCUCUGGGAUCCAGCCUGGCAGACGAGCUGAGCCAGGCGUCGCUCGACGGACAGGGCGGCAUGCUCGGCACCGAUGACGAGUACACCCCGGUCGACAGAGAAGAGCACCAUGACGACGGCCAGGAUGCCUUUCGCGGCGACGACAACCACUCGGAGUACGACUUUCGUGGCCAGGCCACCCCGCAGCAGCAGUCCUUUCGUGGCGAGGAACAGGUCCAUGAUACCGCGGCCCACGACACCGCUGCGGAGGUCGUUGAGCAACAGGUCAGUGACAAGCCCGACGGCGAGAAGGCUGAUUCGGCCGAGCCGAGCGGUGUCGGCGCCGACACAGGAGCAGUGGACGCCGUGCUGGGGGAGUCGCUUUCACGUCCUGAAACCCCGGUCGCCCCCGUUUCAGUAGCUCACGCUGCUGAGCAAGAGCAGAAGCCGGUGCAUGCCGAGGCGGAGGUGUCUGCCAAGGAUGAGGUUGCUGCCAAUUUGGUCGACGCUGAAAAGUCGGCACCGGCACCAACACCAGCACCAGCAGCAGAACCAGCAUCAGAACCAGCAUCAGCAAAGGAGCAGCCGGCUGUCUCUGCCCAGACUCAUCCAUCCUACGAUGGCAGUGAACACGCGGAAUCUGUGUCGGCGCACGAGCCGCAGGCUCAAGUCGAGCCCACGGCUCCGGCUCGACCAUCCCAUGACAAGCUGUCUCUGGAGCCUGGACAUUAUGCCUCAGGGGAAGCUUCAGAAGACGACUUCGUAACACCGAUGCAAUCCACCGCAGCCGCGUCGCUCUACAGCAGCCCUGUGGAGCACGCACACGCGGUAGCAGAAGGCAUGGCCACUGUCGACGGGGCACAUAAUCUGUUCGAUGACGAAACUGACGAAGAGAGCCUUGCGCACAGCCCUGUCGAUGUUGCGGAAGCACAAGCACAGAAUGCAGCGGCCCCCACUUCGGCUCCCCUUGAAAAGACCGAAGAAGUCAAGGAUACUCUCCCCAAGGAGAAGGAGGUGCCCGCGGUGCUUGCACCUGUGCCAGACCCAGUCGAUGCGUUUGAGCAAAGGAUCCUGCAGCACUCACCUGAAUACUUCCCUCAAAGCCCAGUGUUUUCCUUGCCCGCUGAAUCCAGUGGUGCGGAGAAGUCCGCUGUCGAGGCUGAGACUGAAUCACAAAAGAGCCUCGAAGCCCCCGUGAAUCUGGAUGUUGCAGCAGCCAGACAAAUGACACCGCUGCUUGUCCCUACCAACCUCGCAGACCACAUGCACGACAUCAGCCCGCUGGCCCUGAGGCAGGAGUCGCCCAUGACGCCGCGCAAAGGUCUGGCCGACAGCCGCCAUGCGCCAAAGGAAACUGCUGAGACGCCGUUGCGGUAUUCGAUGGCAGAGUCGACCCCGCAGACGUCCUUCUUUGAGCUGCACAAGGAGCAGUUGUCCGGCCACGAGAAUGAGAUGCCGCACCACGAGCCCAUGUCGUGGCUGCAAGGUUCCGAGGCCGAGCACCCUAGUUUCGCAUCCCACUCGCGAGAGAACAGCACCGCCAGCGCACAUCAGCAAGAAGAACACGGUCAAUCACAGACGCCGGAGGAGCAGGAGGCAGACCCUUCAAUGUACGCGCCCCGCGACGUCACCAACAACCCCUGGCAUUCGCGCAACGACUCGGUGCCAAUGUCCAUGCACAGCCAGACCACGCUGUCGUCGGCACCUUCGUCGCCCAUUCAUUCCGCUCUGGCCAGAGACAACCGCGAACCCGUCAUCCGCGAGAGCUGGCCCGCGGUCCCGGGGCAGCACCAGGAGUACCUGGCAGGCAUGGGAGCGGGCGCCAGCCUCGACUACAGCAACAGGCCGAGGAACUACUCGCAGGCCACGACGGACUAUGGCCGAUCCCGCAACGUCUCCGAGGUCUCCAACUUUGACCCGUUCGGCCCCAGCUCGCAAAAGUCGUCGGCCCGCGAGAGCUUCCAGAGCUCAAAUUCGGGCGUCCAGAACAAGCCACUCCCGUCGGCACCGGCAGCUGUCGCCGCCAACCAUAGAAACUCUGUCGGCGCCGGUUCGUCCCCCGGCAGCAUCUUCCAGCGGAUGCGCAGCGUCUUUGAGAAGCCCGCCGCCGAGGCCGACGGCAGCACGGAGCCUCUGUCGCGCAGCCGCCCCGUCAGCGGAGUCUUUGUCCCGGUGAAGGCGUCGCCGCGCCCAGCAGGCAAUCUCGACAGCGCCGGCACGAUCCGUGAGGCCGGCAACAGGAACAGCUUUGUUCUGGAUGCGGCGCCCAAAAAGUCGCCCGGUAUCGCGUCUUAUGAUUUGAACAAGGGGUACUACUACGAUGAUCCGUCGUACGGACGCGAGGAGAAUGAAAACGAGCGUAGCUCGCUGCUGGGAAAGGCCGCAUGAAUACGCUCGGCGGAUACUGAUAAUGAUGACGCGGGCCGGGGCGGGCAGCAGCAUGUUUUACGCGACCCGUCGCCGGCUGCGAGAGAGAAAGAGCCGCGGCGGCGCAGGCCGGCACACCUCUUGCUGCACGCGCACGCGAGGACGCCAUCAAUCAACCUGGCAGAACCGUCGCCUCCGACACGAACCCCGUCGCCCGCUCCGUGCUCUCCCCCGCAGACUCCCUCGCCGGGCUUUGCUACUCCUCCUCGCUCACCACUUCGGACCCCGUCACCAGGUCUGUCCUUGUCAUGCAACUCACCGCUACGAAAAUCGAUGCCACGGCCUGCGACGCCGCACCGUGAGCAGGUUUUCAUUUUCAAUCAAGAUGAAUUUGCUCCUCCGAUUCCGCCACGGUCCCCCUCGCGAACGCCGUCACAGAGCCCUCUGCCCCCGCCACCUCGCACGCCACCGCCACGUUCUGUACUACCGUGCCGUGGGCUUGUCGACGAUGAGGUCGAAGCUGGCAGGGUUGCUGCUGCCCCUCCGAUUCCUCCACGGUCCCCUCUGCGAACGCCGGCCCAGAGCCCUGUACCCCGGCCACUCGGCACGCCACCGCC